AUGUCUGAGACGCAGGGCCCGACUGUCAUUGCAGUCGCCGCUGUUUUUGCUGUUUUACUCUUCUUUACCCUCAUUUUGAGGAUAUAUGCCAGAGUAGCUGUCGUCAAGUCCGUUGGGCCAGAUGACUCCGUGGAACAUGGCCUCGGUAGCCACUAUCCAGAGGUUAUAGCCCGCGGAACCGAAAACUUCAUCACCUAUCUGCAGGUAGUAUGGCUUUCCUCCAUCUUUUACAACGCCUGUCUCGGCUUCAUCAAGAUUUCGGUCCUCGCUCUCUACAUGCGCCUCGGCGAUCGAAAGCUUCGCCGUGUCGCCAUGGUUAUGGUUGGUGUCAUAUGUUGCCAGGCUGGCGCCAACGUCCUGGCUUGCAUUUUCCAAUGCGCGCCCGUGAGCGCAGCCUACGACGUCCGCAUCCUGCCCACAGACAAGAAGUGUAUCGACAUCAACGCCUUCUAUCUUGCCAAUGCCGCGGUCAACAUUUUUACCGACAUUCUAACCUACACGCUCCCGAUUCCCUUGGUUGUCAAGCUGCAGAUCCCUCGUCAGCAGAAGAUUGGUCUGGCCGUUAUCCUAGGCCUAGGUCUCUUUGCUUGCGUGUCCUCCAUCAUCCGAAUUACCUACAUUCCCCAGAUGCUCGUCUCGGAUGACCCCACCUGGGCUAUUACGGGCGCGAUGUACUGGUCAGUUAUCGAAACGAACAUUGGUAUCCUGGCUGCCUCGAUUCCAUCCUACAAGGCCAUUGCCAAGCGCUACGCCCCUCGCCUUUUGGGAACCUCAAGCAACGGUAGCCACAAGCGUUCUGUUUUCAAGAUGAUGAAGGGUGGCAGUGGUGGUCCCAGCCAGCACACCGGGGGCGACAUGAAGCCGACGAGCACGAAGCCUACUUUCAGCACGUUCGACACACACGCUACGAAUGACAACAGCAGCGAGGAGGUUCUCUUCACACCAACGGGGCGGAUCGGUGUCAAGACAGAAAUCGUUCACCAGUUCGAGGAAGCGGGCAAUGGCCAGGAUAGCUUCGGAGGUGGGCUCCCUUUGCAAGGUGUGCGACACAGCAGCAAACCCGACUCUGGGUGA